CCCCUUGGAACUAGUUGACCCUCAAUUCUCAAAGUUGAUUUCUAUAAUAACUCUACCUAUAAGUACCUACCACUUCACCUCAUGCUCUGCAUCUAAAGUAUUAUAUUCGUCACGCUGACGCAGUAACUGCCCGGGACACAAUGUCUUCUGUCAAUCGUGGCAUGCGAACAGCUUCUCGAUCACUACGCUUACACCCAAUAACUUUCCAAAGAAUAGCUCCUCUAACCCUUUCCUCACGAGCAGUAGCAGCGAAACUCGGAGCUACAACACCGCUUACCCAUCCAGCCCCCUACGCCCUACGCUCUUCUUCCUUCUCCACCACCGCCGCACAACAAUCUGCUCACGCAAUGCCUCAGGAAGCAAGAGAAUACGAUCCCGAGAUUCGGGACAUUGCUAGUUACGUGACUAAGCCCAUUAACUCUGAAUUAGCUUUCGAUACUGCACGAUGGGUCUUCCUCGAUACUCUAGGCUGCGGACUUGAAGGUCUGCGGUUUAAGGAAUGUACCAAGCUGUUAGGCCCCGUUGUUCCCGGCACCGUUGUCCCUAAUGGCACCAGAGUCCCUGGUACCGACUUUAUACUUGAUCCCGUCAAUGGUGCCUUCAACAUUGGUGCCAUGAUCCGGUGGCUCGACUACAACGACUGCUGGCUUGCUGCUGAGUGGGGCCAUCCAUCAGAUAACCUGGGAGCUAUUCUGGCUGUUGCUGACUGGGUAAAUCGCACCAAUAAGGCGGGUGGUAACCUUGCCGGGGGCAAGAUCUUUACCGUUAAGGAUGUUCUUGAGGGUAUGAUAAAGGCACAUGAGAUUCAAGGCUGCCUAGCCCUGUUGAACUCCUACAACAAGGUCGGGCUAGACCAUGUCGUUUUGGUAAAGGUUGCUAGCGCAGCAGUUGUAUCUCAUAUGCUCGGUUUGAACGAGAAGCAGAUCGCCGAUGCUGUCACGCAGGCCUGGGUUGACGGCCAGAGCUUACGAACUUAUCGACACACCCCAAACACCAUGUCCAGAAAAUCAUGGGCGGCCGGUGAUGCUUGCCAGAGAGCUGUCAACCUUGUGUUAAAGGUUAUGAAAGGUGAACCCGGCAUCCCCACCGUCUUGUCGGCACCCGUUUGGGGCUUCUACGAUGUCUUGUUUAAAGGCAAUAAAUUCGAAUUCCAACGCCCCUAUGGUAGCUACGUAAUGGAAAAUGUCUUGUUCAAGGUUUCAUACCCAGCCGAAUUCCACUCCCAGACGGCGGUAGAGGCCUCCCAAAAGAUCCACAAUCAGCUCAAGGAAAUGGGCAAGUCGGCAGCUGAUAUCAAGGGUAUCACGUGCAGGACGCACGAGGCAUGCGUCCGUAUUAUCGACAAGCAGUUCAAACCGAUGGACAACUUUGCGGACCGCGACCACUGCAUUCAGUACAUGUGCUCGGUAAUGCUCGUAUUCGGGCGGCUCGAAGCGACAGAUUACACAGAUGGCAGCGAAGCGGCGACGUCACCGUUAGUCGAGUCACUACGCCAGAAGAUCAAAUGUGUCGAAGACCCACAAUAUACCAAGGAUUAUCACAACCCAGAGUUGCGUACUAUUUCUAACGCGUUGACCGUGGAACUCAACGAUGGUACAGUGCUGAAAGAGGUGGUUGUAGAAGCACCGUUGGGACAUCGUCUAAGGAGAGAGGAGGCCAAACCACACAUCUUGGCCAAGUAUAAGCGACACCUAGAGCCACACUUGGCUGAGUCGCAAGUCAAGGAGCUGAUUGAGCUAGGGAUGGACGGCAAGAAGCUCGAGGCCACGGCCGUAGACGAGUACGUUGACAAGUACGUUGUAAAGAAUAGCCCUUUCGUUUAGAUGGGGGCGUCGUUGUUUAAGUAGGUGAGAGAUGCGGCAUCUCUAUCCCUAUAUCAAUAUUUAUAUCCAUGAAUAGAUAGAAGUACUACUACGUUCACUACAUAGAUCUAGUUACUUGUUGAUAUCAAAUGAAGACUUACAAUUGGAAUAUUCAAUGCAAAAAACAAAAGUCUUAUAUUUUAUCUAACCUUACCUACCUACUUUGUAUACAUCAUUGAUG